UUGAAUGACCUGAAAAUGGAUCCAUCUUCUACUGUGCUCCCAGCAAGCAUUUUGGAACAAACUGCCUUGCAGCUCGGAUGCAGCCCCACAGACAAAAAACUUGCUUUCCACUUAGAUGAAAAAGAUGAGUUAAAGCAUCUUCGGGAAUGUUUCUGCGUCCCCAAAGUCAAGGAUCUGCCUCCAACUGACCUGACCCUGGUGAAUGGAGAGGAGACCUGUGUGUACUUUGUUGGGAAUUCUCUUGGGCUCCAGCCAAGAAAAGUUAAAACUUACUUGGAUGAAGAACUGGACAAGUGGGCUCGGACAGGUGUCCAUGGUCAUUUCAAUGGCCAGCGCCCGUGGGCUUUGGCAGACGAGUGCAUCCUGGACCUGAUGGCCGAGCUGGUUGGGGCCAAAAGACAAGAAAUAGCCUUAAUGAAUGGGCUGACUGUUAACUUGCACCUUCUGAUGCUAUCUUUCUUUAAGCCUACUCCAAGACGCUAUAAAAUUCUUCUAGAAGCAAGAGCCUUUCCAUCUGACCAUUAUGCUGUGGAGUCCCAGCUCCGACUGCAUGGGCUGGAUGUGGAGAGAAGCAUGGUCCUGCUGCAGCCACGGCAGGGGGAGGAGACCUUGAGGACUGAAGAUAUCCUGUCUGUAAUUGAGAAGGAAGGGGACUCUAUUGCUGUCAUUCUGUUCAGUGGGGUGCAGUACUACACGGGACAGUUGUUUGACAUCCCUAGAAUAACAAGGGCUGGCCAAAAAAAGGGAUGCCUUGUCGGAUUCGACCUGGCUCAUGCUGUCGGGAAUGUCGAGCUUCAUUUGCAUGACUGGGGAGUAGAUUUUGCCUGCUGGUGCUCCUACAAGUAUUUAAAUUCUGGAGCAGGAGGCCUUGCUGGUGCCUACAUUCAUGAAAAGCAUUCCAAGAGCAUUAAACCAGCGCUAAUUGGCUGGUGGGGCCAUGACUUCAAAACAAGAUUCCUCAUGGAAAACAAAUUACUACUAAGUGAAGGAAUUAAUGGAUUCCGGUUAUCAAAUCCUCCAAUUUUACUGGUCUGUGCUCUGCAUGCCAGUUUAGAGGUUUUUAGUCAAACCACAAUGAAAGCAUUGAGGAGGAAAUCUGUUCUACUCACUGGUUACCUGGAAUAUCUGAUAAAGCAUUACUACAGUGAGGACAAAACAAAUCCAGAGAAGCCCUUUGUAAGAAUAAUCACACCAUCUCAGAUUGAGGAGAGAGGAUGCCAGCUCACUCUGUCGUUUUCCCUUCCAAUCAAAUCUGUGUUUAAAGAGCUGGAGAAGAGAGGAGUGGCUUGCGACAUGCGGGAACCAAACGCUCUUCGCGUUGCCCCAGUUCCUCUCUACAAUUCCUUCCUUGAUGUGCACAGAUUUAUUGAAAUCCUGGGAUCUGCAAUUACAUCUUCAAAACAAACAGCAAAUAAUACUGUGCUAUCUGCUUCUUAUUGA